GGUGUUUUCGUUGUCGUUGUUUGACCCCGUUCCACUCGUUGUUGUUCCCGCAAGCUUUUGAGUUGAAUCGUUUCUCUGAGAAGAAAUCACUGUCUCUCAGAAUCGUGUUUCCGGGAAUGAGGGCUUUUCUCGUGUUUGAUCCGAUGAACGAUCUUGUGUUCAGCUUGCCUGACGACAAGUUCUGCAAGCACGUCACUUCGGUGGCGUACAGCAGUGGACUCAUCGACUCACCGAAGGAGAAGGUCUCCAACGACAUUCUCGUGCAUCUGUUCGCGCCUCUGCUGGCCUCGCAGAAGAUCUACAAGAACCAACUGAACAACCCGUGCGCCUGCAUCCAGUGCGAUGAGGAAACCCUGAUCCUGUUCACCGAGUAUCUCGGUUAUACCAUCAUCUACAUAUGCAACUCGACCGAGAGCAGACAAGGUACGGAGAAACGCCGAGUCAACACUCUUCUCCAAUGCGUUUGGCAUUUGUACGCCUGUGCGUUGCCGGGACUUCGCACCGACUUUCGCUUCGAGAAACCGAGAGCGAAACUCCUUAAGAGCGUAAUGGCCCAGUACGAUGAGCUGAAACGCGAGUCCCUGCCCUGGCUAGUCGAAUCCCAACGCUACUAUCCCUACAGCAAGGAGAACCAGAAACUUCUGCAGGAGAUACUUGCGUCCGUCCGACAGAAAACGAAUAAGCUUCCGCUGACAUUCAGUCACGCCAUGCUGUUCAUCGAUGGUCAAUGCGCGUUGCAACACCAGGCAAGCGGCGCGCUCCGGCUCAGCAUCACGGACAGUUUCCAUUUGUCCAUGGUCGUUUCCAGCAUGGACCUCAACAGUCACGUCCCGGUGUUCCUGUCGACGAAUUUCAACACAGCUGUUCCGUUUCUUGUAUUUCGCAUAGAUACGGUGUGUCAGGGUACUGUCGUAUUGUUAGCCGAGCUCACCGAGCUCACCGGUCGGAGCGAUGCGUUGUACGCGCUCGCUAGACAUGUCAAUCAUUUGCAAGGCGAAGCUUUCAAGGGCGACGUCAUAGAUCCCGAGCAUCUGACACAACAGACGACUUUGAUACGGGGUAUGAUGAACAAGGUCUACCGAGUCAUGUCGGCCAAAGGUAUGAGCGAGGCGGAGAAAAUGUCACUCGCCCGGAUUGAACUCAUCAUCAGAGAGACUUUCGACUCGGGCUUGUUCAGGGAAACGCUGAGCGACUUGCCCAAAAACAAGGAUUCCGACAAGAGUUUUCUGCUGAAUCAGAAACUCUCGGACCUGCAAGAGAAAGUUGCGACCGCUCACUCCGAACUCGUGCUCGGCGUCGCGUCGGCCUUCCAAGUCGACCGCUCCUUGUUUUGGGUUUCGGUGCCGGCCGUCCUCGCGAAAACGGAUCUCAAAUUCGAUUUGACGAGUUUGUUCGCCGAUCUCAAACAAGUCCGAGGUUUCAUUUUUAUAAAUCGAUCCGAAAACCGAUCGAUAGACGGUUUCGCAGAUCCGGACGACACCGCUGUCAAACACUCUCUGCAGCGAGCUUGGAAAAAGUCUGAACGUAUCGUCGGGGAGGGUCGGAACUUCGGCUUCACCUGGGCAGACGACCGUUUCUGCUAUCGCUAUGACAUAUGGUUCGAGAAUUUGAGCGGUCGGAAGAUCGCUCCCCUGGCUUCGCCCCGGAAACAAAGUUUACCGUACCCGGGGGUGGGGGCCGUCAAUUUCUACAAAAUCCUCGGAGAGGAGCUUUUCGAGAAUCAAGCAAAGAACGUUUGCUGUCUCGAGCUCUUGAUGAUCGGAACUCGUGGAGUUCUGUUGUCCGACAGUGUUGUAUCGAAAAUGUCUUCGAAAAUGUGGAACCUCAUCUCGAAGUCGACGGAAAAAUCCCAAUUCCAUGUGUUCCAAAAUUAGAUCGUAGAUUCAAGCGGGAGAUCUGGCCUCACGGACGAAGGUCGUCGAAAAAAGCCUGCCGCUCGACCCCGGGUCUGUAGCAUGAGCUUUUACCGGGCACGGCAAAGACGACUGACCGUCAUGUCAUUUGACUCGAAUUGAUUGGAUUUAGACCUGUACAUAUAAUAUUCAAGAUGGGCAGCCAGAACGGUUCGACACCGUAUUUAUAUAUAUCGGAUUGGAGAAAGCAGAAAUGCACACUUGUGAUUCGUUUUAGCAUAGGGAAAAUACAGCGUUGUGAUUCAGUGAGAUUUAUUCAUUCGCGCGUCUAGACGUUAUCGCUAAUAAGUGAUAAUUUAUUAGCUCUUUGAUGACCUCUCGAAGCAUA